GAGUUCACACAGUACUAGACAGCAGGAAAAAACAAGGAAGAAAGAAAAAGUGGUCAGGUGCGUGUUUGUGUGAAUGUCGAGGCUAGAGUUACAGAAAGUGAGGGAUCUUAUCUACUGGACACACAAUAGGUUUGUUUGAGGACAUGGAGUCACCAGAGUGUUCUGCGGGAAGUUUGGGGCUGCUGAGAACCUUUGGUUCCUCUGAGUUUGGCAACUGGGAAAAGAUUGGCUCUGGAGGAUUUGGACAAGUAUACAAAGUACGACAUGUACAGUGGAAAACGUAUCUGGCGAUCAAGUGCCCUCCAAGUCCUCACAUGGAUGAAAAGGAGCAAGCUGAGCUCCUGGAAGAGGCCAAGAAGAUGGAGGCAGCAAAGUUUCGCUACAUCCUGCCCGUGUAUGGGAUCUGUAGUAACCCCCAGGGGCUGGUGAUGGAGUACAUGGAGACGGGGUCCCUGGAGAUGCUACUAGCUACUGAGCCUCUGCCCUGGGAGCUCCGAUUCCGGAUCAUCCACGAGACGGCUGUCGGCAUGAACUUCCUCCACUGCAUGAACCCUCCCUUGCUGCACCUGGACCUCAAGCCCGCCAACAUCCUGCUGGACGCCCACUAUCACGUCAAGAUAUCAGAUUUCGGCCUGGCACGGUGGAAUGGCUUCUCUGGGGCCGACGACAUCAGUCGUGAUGGAUUCUGUGGCACGAUCGCCUACCUGCCACCAGAGAGGAUCAUCGAGAAGGAGCGGGUCUCUGACACUAAACACGAUGUCUACAGCUUUUCUAUAGUGAUCUGGGGCAUUCUCACACAAAAGAAGCCAUAUCAAGGGGAGAACAACAUCCUGCACAUCAUGGUGAAGGUGGUGAAGGGGAUACGGCCGGAUUUGGGGGUUCUGCCGCGCAACCGGCCCCAGGCCUGUAAUGGCUUCAUAACGCUGAUGCAGAGGUGCUGGCACGAGUUCCCGCAGGCCCGGCCCAGCUUCCAGGAGAUUACAUCAGAGGCCGAGGAGCUAUGUGCCAAACCCGGUGAGGAGGCCCGGGUUCUAACUACUGAGCCGGAGGCCAGCCCAUGUCCCGUGCAGGGAUGCCUUGACCAGGAGAGAGAGUCCAGGCCAGUCCGACCCAAGUCGGCCAUGUUACCGGAGAAGGAUUACAGCCUGACUGAGCUAUUGAGCCAGGUGGAUUCUGGGAUUUCCAGAAGCUUCGACCGCAUGAAAGAAGACUGUACCCAGUGCAAGGACAACACCAGCAAGAGGCUCUCUGGUAUCUCCUCUGUGGAUUCUGCCUUCUCUUCUCAAGGCUCCAUCACCCUGUCCUUCGAGCGAGAGAACAUGGCCAACGAUUCAGGGACACUGGAUGUGCAGAGAAAGAAGCUCUGUGAGGCAAUCAGAAUGGAGGACAUCGGCAAGCUGAUGAAGAUCCUGCAGCCUCAGGAUGUGGAUCUGUUGCUGGAGGGGGGUUUCAGCCUGCUGCACUAUGCCGUCCAGCUGGCCAAUGAGGAGGCCGUCAAAUUCCUGCUCCUCAACAAUGCCAACCCCAACCUGCCCAACGGCAAGGGCUCCACUGCGCUACACCUGGCUGCCGAGAAGCGACUCAGGAACAUGGCAGAGCUUCUGCUGCUGGGCCGCAAGACCAAUGUCAAUGCCAAGGAUGAGGACCAAUACACACCGCUGCACUUCGCUGCCCAGAACGGUGACGAGGCCAUCACCCGCCUGCUGCUGGACAAGAACGCCUCCAUAAAUGAGGUGGAUUUCGAGGGCCGUACCCCCUCACAUAUCGCCUGUCAGCACGGCCAGGAGAACGUGGUCCGUGUUCUGCUGAGUCGUGGUGCAGAUGUACACCUGCCUGGGAAGGACAACUGGACACCCCUGCACUUCGCAGCCUGGCAGGGCCACCUGCCCAUCGUCAAGCUACUGGUCAAACAGGCCGGGGCCAACAUCAACAGCCAGACAUCCGACGGCCGGACGGCACUACACUUGGCCUCCCAGCGGGGGCAAUACCGGGUGGCACGCAUCCUCAUUGAGCUAGGGGCCGAUGUGCACCUCCUGGCCACCGGCUUGCGUACAGCGCUGCAUGUGGCCGCUGAGACAGGCCACACCAGCACCUCCCGCCUGCUCAUAAAGCACCAGGCCGACAUCCAGGCCCGGACUGCACAGGGCUGCACUGCACUGCACCUGGCUGCCCAGCAUGGCCACCUGCCCACUGUCAAGAUGUUGCUGGAAGAGUGCGCCGACAUGGCCAGCGUGAACCACACCCAGCGCACCGCCUGCCACCUGGCUGUUGAGGAAGGGCAUGCCGAUGUAGUCCGGGAGCUUCUGAAGAGCUGUUCGGAGAGCGCCACCCUUGCUGACGAGCGGGGGCUUACCCCCAUGCAGCUGGCCCUCCGUGGAGGGUACACAGACAUUGUCCACAUGCUCCUCACGCAUGGCGCUGAGAUGCCCUCACCUUCCCCAAGCACACUUUCCCAAACUACCCCUCAGUUCCCAGGUCACGAGUCUGGCAAUUACGGCACGCUGCGGCAGAGGAAGAUCGUGAUCCUAAAACUCACCAAACACGAGAUGCCCGACCAUGUGGAGCCGAGCUCUCUGCCCUGUGCCUCUACUUCCUGUUGAGAUGCAAGAGAUGAUACUUAAGGAUCUAUAGACUGGGACACAAAGCUCUCCUUCCUGCUCCUGUUUGGCCUUUCAGGGAAGGUUCCGGAGAGACUUCCAAGACCUACAACCAUUGUAUAUUUUGUAAUUAUUCAGUAAAGGAAGUUACUGUUUCUCAGGCAGGACACCAGAAUUUCCUUUGGCUUUCAUCUUUCAUAGGCAUGUUUUCUCCAUUCAAUAUAAUUUGUAUGUUGAAAAAGAACAUUAAACAUAUUUAUACUGUGUAUAUAAUAUGGGACCAAGUAAUGGUUCUCACUUUAUUAUCCUUUAUAAUAUAGCUUAUUGUGAAGUACAUUUUUAUACUCUGCAAAGAAAUGUAGUUGUGCUACAAUUGCGUUGCCCCCCUGCUUUUUCUUAAUGUGCUUUAAACAUGUAGGUUGUUUCUUUUCCCACAGAUAAUUGUAUGUAUUUGUGUGUGUGUGUGUGUGUGUGUGUAUAUAUAUAUAUAUA